CUCGUUGGACUCUACCAGACUCCACCGAUGUCAUCCUCAAUAUCGCCGACCAGAACGGCUACGGCUUCUGCUUCGGCCUCGAGUACUGCUGCGGCAAGCUUUCAAGCACCCGCAAGUCUCAAGAUUGUAGGCGUUGUCCUUGCCAUAGCGUCCGGCUGUCUCAUCGGAACCAGCUUCGUGUUCAAAAAGAAAGGCCUGUUGCGGUCGCAAGCAGGCGGAGUAGCAGGCGAGGGAGUAGCAUAUCUCAAGUCUCCACUAUGGUGGCUGGGAAUGACCAUGAUGAUUGCUGGCGAACUGUGUAACUUUGCAGCGUACGCCUUCGUCGAAGCGAUCAUCGUAACACCCAUGGGCGCACUCUCCGUCGUCAUCUCCGCUAUUCUUUCCUCCCUCUUCCUCAACGAGAAGCUCACGCUCUUCGGUUGGGUCGGCUGUUCACUCUGCAUCGUUGGCUCCGUCAUCAUCGCGUUGAAUGGCCCCUCAGAGCCGUCCGUAGGGCAAAUUACAGAAUUUCAGAAGCUCUUCCUUAGUCCGGGCUUCCUCGUAUGGGGCAGCGUCCUCAUCGUUGUUGCGCUCGUCAUCGUGUUCUACUUCGCGCCUCGAUAUGGUAAGAAGAGCAUGCUCUGGUACAUCAUGGUGUGCAGCAUGAUUGGCGGCAUCAGCGUCUCCGUCACCACCGGCCUCGGUUCUGCCAUCGUCACGACAGCGAUGGGCGACAACCAGUUCAAACACUGGUUCAUAUACUUCUUGAUAGUGUUUAUCGCGAUAACUCUGAUUACGGAGGUGUAUUAUUUGAAUAUGGCGCUGGCGCUUUUCAACACUGCAAUGGUUACUCCAACUUACUACGUGAUAUUCACAUUCUUCUCAAUCGUUACCACUAUCGUCCUUUUCAAAGGCUUAUCUGCCCCGGCAACCCAGAUCAUCACGCUCGUCAUGGGCUUCCUUGUCAUCUGCUUCGGCAUCACCGUCCUGCAGCUCUCCAAGAUUGAUCCAACGCAGUUGAAGGUUCCUGGCCUCGAUCGCCGCUCGACGAUGCUCCUCCAGGCGGCACGCAGCAACACUGCUGGCGUCGACGAGAAGAACCUCACUGCACUCGAGGAACCGGGCAUUGACACGCUCCGCGGUAGCUUCGGCGCAAUGGGCAGUAUCAUACGCGCGCGUACCGCACGGCGCAUGAGCAUGUCAAGUCGCGCUACCAACACGAGCUUGCGGAAUCGACACGGACCCAGCCUUAGCGAGGACGAGCAGCCGCACUAUAACGCCAUGGGCGGCCCUGGCGAUCAGCUCGCGGGCCUGAAGAGACACCAGCUAUACGACCCGCCUAUGCCCGCCUCAGACAACAUCUCGCUCGCGAGUGACCUCGUGUCGCCGCGCAAACAGACUAUCAAGUUUGGCAAUGAAGAUAUCGUCCACAGCUAUCCUGUACCCGGACGCGACGCGUUGGACGCGCAGGCGACGCACGAACACAGGAGCGCAAUAUGGAGCGGACCACCGCAGCUGCCGGAGCGUCCCGAGGAAGACGACAAGUCUAGCUUCUCAAGUACAUUGGAGGAGAUCGGAGCUCCCAGUCUGCGCUCGGCGCCACCAACGGUGUACGAAGACCCGUAUCGACCGCGUGCGGCAGACCCAUUCGCAGAGUCGCCGUCGACGGUAACGGUCUCGAGCUUCCCUAGCUUCUCAUCGAGCGUCGCAACGGUAGGCCGUCCUGGCUCGCAAGUAAGCGUCGACGAAGCGUUCAUCGGCGCACGGCAGGAUGUUGUACCCUCUGUCGGUGAACGCGAGUCGCGCGGGCACCAUCAGCGCCUCUUUGGACGCCCGACGAGUGGACGAGACUAUCCGCGGGGCGACAGCAUCGACGACCGCGAGGAGAGUGAAAGCUUGUGGCGAAGGCGAAGCGAUGAGGAGAGCUUGUCAGACCGGGACUACCCUCCAGAAGGGAGUGUAAGACUUGUGUCGGCAAGCCGAGGGUCAGGUCGAGUGUAAGGUAUAGAUUUUGGUAGCGCAACGCUGGACUAUCCCUUUUUUUUCGCAUUUGUCGCUGUUAGUUAUACUAUACUCGGGAUUUGUGACUUGUGUAAAAUGCUGCUCGAGGAUGUACCUUAUUACCAUUCGGACUAUCUCCAUUGUCGGUUGCGGCUACUU